GAUCUUUUGUAACCAUACAAUUGAAGAGUUAAAUUUACAAUAUAGGGUAAAAAUUCUGAUCGAGAAACAUGGUUCAUUGUUUAUAAAUUUUCAAAGAAAAUAAAAUAUUUAUGCAUAGGUUAAGAUAUGAAUAACGCUAACGAACAUCACAAGCGUUUACAAUAUUGCAGGACACGAUUAAAAUACCGACAAGGUCGUCAAUUAAAAGCUGUAAAGGUUUACACCGUAGCCAGUGAGUCUCAAUAUUUGCUAAUAUUUGGAGUGCCUAAAAUCAACUUGAUACAAGAGUUAAAAAAUAAACUGCGCCAAUUUGGUUCGCUGGAAAACUUAAAAAAUAUUACCGAGAAAUGGGUACAAACACUAUCCUACGAAUUGGAACCCUUCACAGAAGUUUACUGUGUAAAAUAUAAAAAAGUAGAAGAAGCAAGACGAUGCAAACGCUAUUUAGAUGCUAGAGAAUUUUAUGGCGGUAUUUUGCAUAUAUCCUAUGCGCCGGAAUACGAAACUCUUGAAGAACUGAAAAGCAAAUUACAGCAAAGAGCAUAUGAAAUCAAUUGCCGCAUAAAAAGUAAUCAAAAUUACAUAAAGAAAAAUAAGAGAAUAGAAUAG